AUGGACAUGGAGCCCGUGACCUACGACGACCCUUACGACUACAACAGUACCGGGGACUACGUGCCCGACAACGACACCUCCCCGUGCAGCCUGCAGGAGGUCAGGGAGUUCUCCCGGCUGUUUGUGCCGGUCACCUACUCCUUGAUCUGCGUCUUUGGCCUCCUGGGCAACGUCCUGGUGGUGAUCACCUUCGCCUUCUACAAGAAGGCCAAGUCCAUGACCGACGUGUACCUGCUGAACAUGGCCGUGGCCGACAUCCUGUUUGUCCUAACCCUCCCCUUCUGGGCGGCCACUCAUGCCACCGGCCGGUGGGUCUUCAGCAACGCCCUGUGCAAGCUGGUGAAGGGCAUCUACGCCGUCAACUUCAACUGCGGGAUGCUGCUCCUGGCCUGCGUCAGCCUGGACCGGUACAUCGCCAUCGUCCAGGCCACCAAGUCCUUCCGCCUCCGGUCCCGGACGCUGGUGCACCGCAGGGCCAUCUGCCUGGCCGUGUGGGCCGUGUCCCUGCUCAUCUCCGUCUGGACGUUCAUCUUCAACCAGAAGUACACCCUGCAGGGCAGCGAGGUCUGCGAGCCCCGGUACCGCGGGGUCUCGGAGCCCAUCCGGUGGAAGCUGCUGAUGCUGGGCCUGCAGCUCCUCUUCGGGUUCUUCAUCCCGCUGGUGUUCAUGAUCUUCUGCUACACGUUCAUCGUCAAGACGCUGGUGCAGGCCCAGAACUCCAAACGGCGGCACAAGGCCAUCCGCGUCAUCAUCGCCGUGGUCCUGGUCUUCCUGGCCUGCCAGGUCCCCCACAACAUGGUGCUCCUGGUGACGGCCGUGAACAUGGGGAAGAUGGACCGGACCUGCCGAGGCGAGAAGCUGAUGGGCUACACCGAGAACUGCGCCGAGGUGCUGGCCUUCCUGCAUUGCUGCCUCAACCCCGUGCUCUACGCCUUCGUUGGCCAGAAGUUCCGCAGCUACUUCCUCAGGAUCACCAAGGACCUGCUGUGCGUGCGGAGGAGGCCGAAGUCGCCCGGCUUCUCCUGCUCCCGGCUGCACUCGGAGACCUUCGUCUCCAAGCAGAACAGCGAGACCGCGGACAACGACAACGCCUCAUCCUUCACCAUGUGA